AUGGUGUAUCCGAAUGCCUUUCUUCUUGCUCGGAAUGGUUCGCCGAGCAAGGAUCAGGCGGCAAAACAAGUUUGUCCAACAACUGAUAGCACAUUUGAUCUCCGAACUGGAGCAAUGAAGGAAUGGAAUCUAUUUGUUUAUCCUGUGAAAACGGAUGAAGAAAAUAUUUACAUCAGCAUGAGAGGAGGUCUAAGUUCUGAUGCAUCUGCUGAGAUUGUUUUCAGUGGGAAGGUUCAACCUGGUAUAACUGCUACUGAUGUCAAUGUGGAUAAGGGUCAACAGGGGUUCGGUUUCAUCAAGAAGAAUGAAAUUAUCAAAGGAAAGGCAGCCGUAAUUGGCUUCCUGCUAUUGUUAGAUUUUGAACUUUUGACUGGUAAAGGUCUUCUCAAGGGAACUGAUUUCUUGGACUUUCUAUAUGCCGCCUCCAAAGCUUUCAAGUAG